AUGAAUAAUCAGAAUUAUGUUUUCUGUAGCAUCUAUUUUCCAUCAACGAACAGUAACUUGGCUGAUUUUAUCGACACUCUAACUUGCCUUAAUGCAGUGUGCACUCAAUUAAGUUACAGAGAAGAGCAAAUCAUUAUUGCAGGCGAUUUUAACGUACAUGUAUCGGAUCCACGUUCAGGUCAACGGGAAAAUAAUAGAAGAAAACUACUCCUUGAAAUGUUUGCUGAAUUUGAUAUGUUUCCAGUUAACGUGGAUAUGCUCUGUAUGGGUCCGCUGUUCACGUAUUACUCAAGUUGUGGUAACAGUGUUGUUGAUUACAUUUUUGCGAGUAGGAACAUCGAAAGAAUUGUAAAGUGUGUUAAAGUUGGCGACGAACAUCUGUGCAAUAAUUUAUCUUAUCAUCUGCCGUUGAUUGCUAGCAUUGAAAUUUCUGCUGGUAUAAACUGCCAUGAAUCAUCUAAUAAUUUAGAGAACGAGUAUGAACGAAUUGCGUGGAGAAAAUGUGCUUCGGAACAAGUACUAGAAUAUCAAAGGAGAUUAUAUGAUACAAUCAUAACAAUGGAUGAUACUUUAUACAUCAGUAAUGACGUUGAGAACUAUUAUCGGUUGGUCUGUCGCAGCGUAAAAAGCAGCGACAAGUGUCUACCUCGUGCGAAGUAUAAGAAGUCCAUCAAGCCCUACUGGAAUAAUGAACUCAAGCGAUUAAAGACAGCUUGCAUGGAGCUUCAUAAGAAAUGGACCUCAGAAGGACGUCCAAGAGGAGAACAGUAUGAAAGUUUUCGGUUAUACAAAGAUGCAAAGCGUCUAUUCAGGAAGGAACAACGUAAAAUGGUACGAAAAACAGAGGAGAAUGAUUUCAAAGAGCUUAAUGAGGCUUCCGAGAUCGAUCACAUCAAGUUUUGGAAAUAUGUAAACCGACGUAGAAAGAAGAAAAGAUCAACUAAUGUGCUCACAACGAAUGAUGGAAGAACUAUCUCAAACCCAGAAGAAAUAGCAGAUGUGUGGGCUAAUUACUAUGAAAAACUUUUAACUCCUGAGGAAAAUACAAAUUUUGAUGAUGACUUCAGGGAGUAUAUCGAUAUCGAGGUUAGUGACAUAACAAAAAACUCCUUAGCUGAAUUUGAUGAUAUCUUUCAGGAUCCCAUAUAUAACUUUAAAAGAGAUCGAGGAUGUGCUAACAGUAUUACCAAAUAAUAAAGCUCCCGGUGAUGAUGGCAUAACGUAUGAACAUAUUAAGUACUCUGCGGACAUUCUGGCUGCCAAGCUGCUAAUACUUUAUAAUAAGAUCAUUGAAUUGGAGGACAUUCCAAGACAAUUUAAGUUAGGAAUUAAGAUUCCAAUUCCAAAGGGAGGGAAGAGCUGUGCGUCAAAAUUCGAUGAUCACAGAGGAAUUACUCUUCUUUGUACUUUUAACAAAGUUUUCGAACGUUUAGUACUCAACAGGCUUCAAAAUAAAAUAAGAUGUCGACCCCACCCGCUUCAAUGGGCCUACCAAGCUGAGCGUGACGCCUUGACGACUUCAUUUGUUAUUGACGAGUCAACUAAGCAUUGUUGCGAGGAAAACGAUAAAGUAUUUGCCUGCUAUGUUGAUGUCUCAAAGGCAUUUGAUAAAGUAUGGAUAAAUGGUAUGUUGUUUAAACAAGAAAUCAUGGAGAAAAGUAUCUGGCAUAAUCUUGGAAAAUAUUGGCACACCGACGUUUCCAGCCUUAUUCCAAUACUAGAGGCUGCGAAGAAAGGUCAGGCUAUCGGCAUUGGUUUAGCAAAUCUGGGAUGUAGAUUUAACGGGAUGAGUCCAUUGGUGGCGACUAAGCUGUGGGCACGGAUUGCUCUGCCGAAAAUGUUGUACGGUGCUGAGUUGUGGACACUUAAUCGAGAAAAACUAUCAAAAUUGGAAAAGGUACAGAAUAUAUUUUUAAGAGUAUGUCUGGGUUUACUUAGUGGUACCUCGGGUUCAGCUGCACGUGGACUUCUUGGUCUCUGGACGGUCGGAGCAGAAAUAGACAAACGAAAGCUUCUGUUUCUCAGACGACUAAUAUGUGCAAGUGAGAACUGUGUACAUCGCAGGGUAUUCAUGAUACGACUUAAUAGAUGGAGAUGGAAUCCGAACAAAAUCACUGGUUUUGUACCAGAAUUGGUUAGAAUCUUACAGAAGUAUUGCUUGUGGGAGUAUAUGGACAAUUUUCUGCAGUCUGGAAAUUUUCCCAACAAAUCUGAAUGGAAGAAAACAGUAAUUGAGAAUAUUAAUCAUACGGAGAUUGAGUUUUGGAAGAUCAAAACGCAACGUUAUAAACAAUUAGGAUUAUACAGCCAAGUCGUAAAAGAACCAAUGCGUAACAUGUGGCUGCAGUUUGCUCUCGAAAACAGCGAGAUGGCCAACCAAGUGGCAAUUAUUGCUAAAUUCUUUGUGGGUCAUUCUUUGUGA